AUGGUCAACAAUUUAGAUCUCGUCAAGAAUCAAAAAUCGAACAACGAUCUCAUUAUCUAUGAAACUAGUACAGGACGUUCUACGAUAGAUCACAUUUUUAUGCACUUCUCAUUAAUCCCAGACCUUAUCAAUCAAGUAGUAGAAAAAGUUGACAAUGAUUUGUCAGAUCAUGCUGUUGUAUAUGCUACUAUUUCAGUAACAUUUAUCAAUCCAUCUUUUAUUCAACGUAUAGCAAUAAAAAAGUUAGUCUAUCGAUAUGACGAGCUGUCUGAUGAUGAUUGGUCUGCCUUUGGAAUCUCAGUCGAUCAACAAUGUAAAAGAUUUCCUAUAGAAAUCAAUUAUAGACGCUGCCACCAAAUCCCUAACAAGUAUACUUCAUAUCACAACCAAGAUCUUAGACCAC